UUAAAGUUGGAAAUUGAGCGGAGAAUUGAGUUGUCCGGGAACCGAGCCGCGGCAGCCGCCAGAGCGAGGUUCCCGCAGAGCCGGCAACCGACGCCUCAUCAGGCUGCAGGCCAGCCCUUCAAGUUUACUAUCCCGGAGUCCUUGGACCGGAUUAAGGAGGAAUUCCAGUUCCUGCAGGCGCAGUAUCACAGCCUUAAAUUGGAAUGUGAGAAACUGGCAAGUGAAAAAACAGAAAUGCAGAGGCACUAUGUGAUGUAUUAUGAAAUGUCAUAUGGACUAAACAUUGAAAUGCAUAAGCAG